AUGAUGUCAUCUUUUGAGAGCCUACUAACAAUUGAAGAAACCUAUUGGAAUCUUUUGGAAAAAGUCCCUGCCAGCUCUCUGAGACUGACAAAGAUCGAUGAUGAGAUCUACGAGCAUCUUCUCAAAGAUUUCCCCGAGUUUGAGAACACUGAAUACGGAUUGAUCAUUAACGAAGAUGAAAUGAAGUCUGUCACUGGAAAGGCUAGAUGGAGAAAGUUUAUGAACACUUAUGAGAAUACUGUAGAUGACUUCAACUUUGGAACUUUAUUAAGAACUAAUUCCAAGGGUGAAUACAGUGAGGAGAACACUAUCUUCGUUCCUAGAAUGCAAUUCUACGCUGUUGAAAUUUUCAGAAACAAGCGUGGUCUCAACGACUGGGUCAAAGAGAACGCCAGCAAAUAG